CCAUUUAAAUAUACUCACCAAAGUGGAACACUUUCCAUCAAGAAAUCCGUGUCUCUCUCUCUCUCUCUCUCUCUACUUUUCCGCUCCCCCUCGCUUUAUUCUUUUAACUCUUUCUUCUCUCUCGCAAACAGAGAACUAACCCUUUAUGAACGAUGAAUCAAGAUUCAUGUACUCAUAUUUUGGCUAUUAAUCAUAUGAAUAAUCCUACUAUAUCGCAAACCACACCUUCAACUCCAUUAUUAUCUGCAACAGCUAGCAGUUUUAGUAUUAGCAGCAGCACCACUAGCACCAGCACCAGCAGUGAGGUUAGUGAUGAUAGCCCACCGACAUCUUUUCGUUUUGAACUCCAAGAGGUUGUCAGUUAUGAUUAUCCGAGCAAAUCAUUGUCUGGGUCUUGCUCGUAUCGGUCUCUGGCAGUACUAUCUGAGCAUGUAGGAUCAGUUUCUUGCUUGGCUUUAUGUGGUGAAUUCAUUUUGAGUGCAUCACAAGGGAAAGAUAUCAUAGUCUGGCAACAGCCUGAUUUGAGAUUGUUUACAAAGUUUGGACAAGGGGAUGGCUCUGUUAAGGCUUUGGUAACAGUUGGUAAUAAGGUAUUUACUGCGCAUCAAGAUAGUAGGAUUAGAGUAUGGAAGGUGUCAAGAAGCUCAGAGAAUGUAUUUAGGCUUGUUGAUACACUUCCUACUACAAAAGAUUAUUUAGGGAAAUUCAUGAAGCAAAGUAAUUAUGUGCAAACUAGGAGGCAUCAUAAGAAAUUAUGGAUUGAACAUGCUGAUAGUAUUUCUUGUUUAACAGUUUAUAAUGGUUUUGUUUAUUCUGGUUCUUGGGAUAAGACUCUUAAGGUUUGGAGGAUAUCAGAUUUGAAGUGCUUAGAGUCAAUUAAGGCUCAUGAUGAUGCUAUAAAUGGGCUGGUGGCUUGUAAAGGCAUAGUAUAUUCAGCAUCUGCAGAUGGGAAGAUAAAAGCUUGGGGAAAAGAAGGAAAGACCUCUCACUCUUUGAAGGGAAUUUUGGAAGGACAUAAGGAUGUUUCACUUAAUUCAGUUACUGUUUCAGAAGAUGGGAAGUGGGUGUAUGGAGGGGGAUCAGAUGGGUUUGUGAUGGGGUGGGAAGGAAGUUGUGAUUUUGUCAGCUGGAAAUUGGUGUCCGGGACAAAGGCACAUCAAAUGGCUGUUUUGUGUAUGUGUUUAAUUGGUGAGUUUCUGUGCAGUGGAUCAGCUGAUAAGAGUAUUAGUAUAUGGAAGAGAGAGGCUUAUGGUAAGCUUUGUAAAGUUUGGGUGAUAAGUGGGCAUGAAGGGCCUGUCAAGUGUUUGCAAGCAUCGCCUAAUAGUGUUGGUGGUGGUUUCUUGCUCUACAGCGGUGGUCUUGACAAGAGUGUAAGAGUGUGGUGGGUGCCUAAGCCUUCUAACAAAAAUACAGGACAAGGCUACAAUACAGAGGUAAGAGGAAAAAAGUCUAUAACAUUGGGUUAAGUAAGAUUUUUUAUUUCCAAGGUUUCAAAGAUGGAGCACUGACUCCUCCUUUUUUCAAUGUGUUUUCAGUGCUUCUAAUUCUUUUGUUUUAGUCAGUCUGUGUCAUAGCUGUGUUGAUUAAGAUUCAAGCAUGAAGAACAUAGGCAACUGAAGGGUCUUUUUUUAUUUUUCAGGAUUUUGAUUUUCUUUUUCUUAUAUUGUUUAUAGGGUCCAAAAUUUGUGUGUAUUAUACUUUGUAGGCAAAAGAAAUUCGAGGGAUACAAUCAAUAGAGAGGUGUGAAUUCUUUUCUUUUUUUCUUUGACAUGUCUCACAAUUGUAAUAGUGUGUUGAGGAAAAACAAUCAAGGGAAAAUAAAUAUUCAGUUUCACCAAUUA